GUGGCGUCGUAAUGCCUCGGGGAAAGGGAAACUGAUGGGACUGCGAAUCGCUGCCUCUGGCUUUUUAUUUCUCUGCUGACAGGAUUUGGUCACUGGUUCUCCAUCUUUUGUCUGUUGCACGCAUCCCGUCCCCCCAUUUGCUUUCCCACUCCUUGGAUCCAGCCCUCUGGGAAUUCACGCCAGUUCUCUGACCCCGCCGUGAGCCCCUCCUGGUCCCGGGGCGGGCCUGGCACGGAGGCGGUAACUAUGGAGAAUAUGGCGGAGGAGGAGCUGCUACCCCAGGAGAUGGAGGAGGUCGCGGUGGCCCAGGUCCAGGUCCCGACCCCGGCCCCGGACUCAGCUCGGGUCCCAGCUCCGGCCCCGGAUACGGCCCCGGCCCCGGACUCGGCUCCAACCCCAGCCCCUGCCCCGGCUCAGGCUCCGGCCCUGUCCCCGUCCCUAGCCUCUGCCCCUGACGAGGCUGAAAGCAAGAGACACAUCUCAAUUCAAAGGCAGCUUGCUGAUCUAGAGAAAUUGGCUUUUGUAACUGAAGGGGACUUUGACUCGGCCAGUUCAUUGAACUCAGAUAAUCUUGAUGCAGGAAACAAACAGGCUUGUCCAUUGUGCCCUAAGGAAAAAUUCAGAGCUUGUAAUAGCCAUAAGCUUCGUCGUCACCUUCAAAAUUUACACUGGAAAGUCUCAGUUGAAUUUGAAGGUUACAGGAUGUGCAUCUGUCACUUACCUUGUCGACCAGUAAAACCAAACAUUAUUGGAGAACAGAUAUCCAGUAAAAUGGGCGCCCAUUAUCAUUGUAUCAUUUGUUCAGCAACAAUCACCAGAAGGACUGAUAUGCUAGGACAUGUUAGGCGCCAUGUGAACAAAGGAGAGACUAAAUCAAGGUAUAUUGCUGCUUCUGCUGCUAAACCACCUAAUGAAAUUUUGAAAGAGGCAGACACAGAUGUACAAGUUUGUCCCAACUAUUUUGUCCCUCAGAAAACAGAUUCCUAUUUUAAUCCCAAAAUGAAACUCAAUCGGCAGCUAAUAUUCUGUACAUUGGCUGCUUUGACUGAGGAACGAAAACCUUUGGAAUGUCUAGAUGCCUUUGGAGCCACUGGGAUAAUGGGAUUACAAUGGGCAAAACAUCUCGGAAAUGCAGUCAAGGUUACAAUUAAUGACUUGAAUGAAAAUUCUGUGACAUUGAUUCAGGAAAACUGCCAUUUAAACAAAUUGAAAGUGGUGGUGGACAGUAAGGAAAAGGAAGAGAGUGAUGAUAUCCUUGAAGAAGGAGAGGAAAACCUUGGUAAUAUUAAGGUGACCAAAAUGGAUGCCAAUGUGCUGAUGCAUUUGAGAUCUUUUGAUUUCAUACACUUAGACCCCUUUGGAACGUCAGUGAAUUAUCUAGAUUCUGCAUUCAGAAAUAUAAGAAACCUUGGCAUAGUAUCAGUGACUUCUACAGAUAUCAGUUCAUUAUAUGCCAAGACACAACAUGUUGCCCGGCGUCACUAUGGAUGUAACAUUGUCCGAACUGAAUAUUACAAGGAACUAGCAGCCAGGAUUGUUGUCGCUGCAGUGGCAAGAGCUGCAGCUCGAUGUAACAAAGGCAUAGAGGUCCUGUUUGCAGUGGCUCUGGAACAUUUUGUCCUGGUUGUUGUGCGAGUUUUGAGGGGACCUACUUCUGCAGAUGAAACAGCCAAGAAGAUUCAGUAUCUGAUCCAUUGUCAGUGGUGUGAAGAGAGAAUUUUUCAGAAGGACGGUAACAUGGUAGAAGAAAACCCAUAUAGACAGCUGCCUUGUAACUGUCAUGGAAGCAUGCCUGGAAAGACAGCAAUAGAACUUGGACCUCUAUGGUCAAGUUCUCUGUUCAAUACGGGAUUUCUCAAAAGAAUGCUAUUUGAAUCUCUUCACCAUGGUUUAGAUGAUAUUCAGACCCUAAUAAAGACAUUAAUUUUUGAGUCAGAGUGUACUCCUCAAAGUCAGUUUUCAGUUCACGCACCUUCGAAUCUCAACAAGCAAGAAGAAUAUGGUGCAUCUACUAAAACUACAGAUGACACAGCAGAUAAUUACGUUGCACAAGGAAAGAGAAAAGUUAAUGAAACAAUCACAAAUUUAGCAAAGAAGCAAAAGACUGAUGUGAGCACUGAACACCCUCCCUUUUAUUACAACAUCCACAGACACAGCAUUAAAGGGAUGAAUAUGCCAAAGUUAAAAAAGUUUCUGUGCUAUCUUUCUCAAGCAGGCUUUCGAGUAAGCCGAACUCAUUUUGACCCAAUGGGUGUCCGUACAGAUGCACCUCUGAUGCAGUUUAAAUCUAUCCUUUUAAAGUACAGCACCCCCACCUACACUGGAGGACACUCAGAGGGCCACGUCCAGUCAGCAUCCGAAGACACAGUAGCUGACAGGGUUGAAAUGUCAGUGAAUGACAAAGCAGAAGCAAGUGGUUGCAGAAGAUGUAUUCAUGAAAGUUAAAUCCAAAAUGAACACUGCACAUGUGGCUUUAGAAGAACAUGGUAACAUCAGCAUAAAAUCUACCAAGUGAUCUUCCCAGUACCAUAGAGAAAAAGGUGAUAAAAUUUCAAGCAGCAGAAGGGGGCAGUAAAACGCAACAGACCACUCUGGAAGAUUUUUACUAUGUUUUCUUAUUUUCCUUUCAAACAGACAAUUUCCCAACACACAUUU